CACCCCCCACCAUCCUUUGUUCCAUAUACCAAACUAAGCUAUAUUUUUCUCUAUAAUAUCCAAAUAAAGAGAGUAUAAUAUUAUUAUGGCCCUCUCCCCAAUACAUUUCCUACUCUCAUUCACCAUCAUCAUUUCAUUUGUUGCUUGUUAUAGCAACUUGCAAGAGGCCCCACUUAUUAAUACAUAUGUUGAUCAUUCACCUUCCAUUGAUGAUGGUGAUACACUAUUAUUUUUUAAAAACAUGAUUAACCAAAACACAAAUGUUUUUGGUGGCACUCAAAUUGUUAAUGUCAAUGAUUAUGGAGCUAAAGGGAAUGGUUGUACUGAUGACACACAGGCAUUUAAGAAGGCUUGGGAAAUAGUAUGUUCUUCAACGGAAGCAGUUUUUUUGGUGCCUCUUGAUAAUUAUUAUCUACUCAAACCAAUCAGAUUCUCUGGUCCUUGCAAAUCUAACAUAACAGUUCAGUUAUCUGGAAGUCUUGAAGCAUCAGAGGAACCAUCAGAUUACAGUGAAGAUCAAAGACAUUGGCUUGUAUUUGAUAAUGUUCAAAAUCUAAUAAUUAAUGGUGGUGGAACCAUUAAUGGAAAAGGAAACAUAUGGUGGCAAAACUCAUGCAAAAGGAACAAAAAGCGAUCUUGCAAGGAUGCCCCAACGGCUCUAACAUUUGAUAGUUGUGAGAACUUGAUAGUUGAGAACUUGAGUAUAGAAAAUGCGCAACAAAUCCACGUGUCAUUCCAGGAUUCCAUGAAUGUUAAAGCUUUUGGUCUCAAUGUGUCAUCACCAGAAGAUAGUCCUAACACUGAUGGGAUUCAUGUCACCAAUACCCAAAACAUCCAAAUCUCUAACUCUCUUAUAGGAACUGGUGACGAUUGUAUAUCAAUUGUACAUGGAUCUAGGAACGUAGAAGCCACAAACAUAACUUGUGGGCCCGGCCAUGGUAUUAGUAUUGGAAGCUUGGGGGCUGGAAAAUCCAAGGAAUUUGUUUCUGAAGUAAUAGUGAAUGGAGCUAAGAUUUCUGGAACUAAAAAUGGAGUUAGAAUUAAGACGUGGCCGGGAGGUUCAGGAAGUGCUACCAACAUCAAAUUUCUGAACAUUGAAAUGGACAAUGUGACCAACCCCAUAAUAAUAGACCAAAAUUACUGUGACAAGAAAAAAAAGCCAUGCAAAAAAAAGAGUGAUUCUGCAGUUCAAAUUAGUAACGUGUUGUACCAGAAUAUUAUUGGUAAAAGUGCUUCUGAUGUUGCUGUGAAGUUUGAUUGCAGCAAGAAAUUUCCAUGCAAUAAGAUAGUAUUGCAAAACAUAGAUUUGCAAUGUGAAGAAGGAGAAGCUGCCAGUGCUUUAUGCAACAAUGUUGAAUUGUCUUACAUAGGACAUGUUACUCCUCUCUGUGCUAGUUACUCCUAGAAACAGAGAAAGGCCUCUAAAUCAUCGGUUGUGAAUAGAUUUAAUGUACAUAUGAUGAUGUAUACAAACGAAUGACAUGAUUCAGUGCAAAUUGAUGUUCUAAUAUAGUUAAUUCGCUACAAUUUGUAUCGGUGUGCUGAUACAAUUGAUAUCCAAUAUUAGGACAUUAAUUUAUAGUGAAUCAUGCAUUAUUUAAACAUUAUUUCUUAUAUUUGUCAAUUGUUUGAUUCAUUCAUAUGAUUCAAACUUUGUAUUUUUUACACAUGUAAAUUCCAAAUCUAUACACUAGUCACUAGUGUGUGUGUAUGUACUCUAGUGUCUAAAUUAAUGGUCUCCUAGUGUUUAAGAUCUCAA